AUGAAGUUCCUCGGCGUGGCCUCCGUGGCUGCCCUUCUCAGCGCGACUGUCUCAGCCGGUCCGCUAGUCCCCAGGGACACUUGCCCUAAGGGUUACACUCAGAGUGUAUACUACAAGACUAUUUACUUUGAGCCUUCUACCUCUGCGGUACCUGAGUCGACUGCGACUCCAUCGCCCACGCCUGUCAUCUUGGAAUCUCAAACCUCUGUAGAGCCUACGUUGACUCCAUCCUCUGCCGCCGUCGUUACAUCGCAGGCUCCUGCGGUUGAACAAGUCGAGUCCUCAACCCUCUUUUCUGCUGUUGCAGAGACAUCUACAUCCGAGUCUGCCCCGAUCAUCGCUCUUCUUCCCACUUCGUCUACCGAGAGUCUCCCUGCUGUUGAGCCUACUUCUGUUGUCAAGGCCGUAGAGCAGACCAUCCAGCCUGCCGAGACCACCACUGCCCCUGCCGUGAAGGCUGCUGAGCAGACUACCCAGACUGCUGAAACCACCACUGCCCCUGCCCCUGUCACCGAGGCUGCUGAGCCAACCACUUCUGCUGCCGAGACCACCGCCGCCCCAGUCGUCAAAGCCGCAGUCCAAAGCACAAGCACUACCUCUUCCACCUCUUCCUCCUCCACUUCAUCCAGCUCAUCCAGCUCCGACAGCAACUCCGGCGAAGCCACCUUCUACGGCGGCAACGUAUCCGGCGGAACCUGCUCAUUCAGCGGCUACAGCCUCCCAAGCACCCUCUUCGGCACAGCCCUCUCUCUCCAGCGCUGGGAUGACGCAGCCAACUGCGGCCGCUGUGUCUCCGUCACCGGACCCAAGGGCAACACCGUCAAAGCAAUGAUCGUCGACCAAUGCCCCGAAUGCGAGAGCAACCACCUAGACCUCUUCCAGACAGCCUUCGCAGAGCUCUCGGACAUCUCAGCCGGUAUCAUUGAUAUCAACUGGUCUUACGUCUCAUGUGAUCUGGACGGACCCCUCAAGCUCAAGAACAAGGAGGGUACUUCUGCAUACUGGUUCUCUAUGCAGGUUGUGAAUGCCAAUGAGGCUGUCACUGCGUUGGAUGUUAGCACUGAUGGUGGUAGCUCGUGGCAGAGUACUUCCCGUACCUCGUAUAACUUCUUCGAGAACUCUUCUGGGUUUGGUACUGAUUCUGUUACUGUUCGUGUUACGGGAUCUAGUGGGAAUACUGUUGUUGUUAAGGAUGUUGGUGUUUCUUCUGGUGUUGAGGUUACUGCUUCUUCGAACCUGUGA